AAAAUAAUAUAGAUAUAUUUUCAACUAGCCUAAAGUACUCAAGAGUUUUGUCUUGUGUUUGUAUGUUUAGUUUUUAUAGAUUAUUGGUGAUCUUUAUUUAAAGCAUAGGUACAUCAUUUACAAAAUAGUAUUAUUAGCAACAAUAGCUAUUAUUAAAAGGGGAUCAAAAGUUUAAAUUAAAUGAUUGUAGGUAUAACGAUGGAGCCUGGUGAAAAUGAAUUGAUUAGAGAAAUUGAUUUAGGGAUACAGAAAAAAGUUUCUGAAUUGUAUGGAAAUGCUGGGAAUAGCAAUUUGGAGAAAUCAUGCAGAACUUGUUUAUCACCUGCCAAAAAGACUGUACCAAUAUUGUCAAAUGCACAGGGAUACAGUGAAAAAUGUCUUCUGGAUAUAUUAAAAACAAUUGCUUCUAUUACUGAAUUUCAUGUUGAUGGUAUACCAACUCAAAUAUGCAAAAAAUGUCACACAGAACUUCUUAAAUGUUACAAUUUUAAGAUGAAAUGUGAGAAGUCAAAUUAUAUUUUACAUCGCUUAUUGAAAGAACAAUUUAUAGUCACUGAAGGGAGUAUUCCACAAAUUAGGCAACCCAAUUUGGAGUCCGAUCAAAAUUAUGGCAGUAUUUGUGAUGCUAAAGGAGAAGUUUUGGAAGAUUUAGAAAUCCAAUAUCAUGAAGAUUUUAAUGAUAUUGAAAGUGACAGUGAGACACUUUGUAUUGUACAGUGUGAUGAAGAAGGGGAUGAGGCGAAACCUGAUUUUGAGGAUUCACUGGUCAUCCUUAAUGAAAUAUCAACAAAAUCUAAAACAAGGAAAAAAGGAAAUCUUAAAUACAAUGAGAAUCAAACAAACACACAUCUUUUAAAUGAUUGUCUAAAGAAAACAAGAAAAGGCAAUGUGAUUGUAGAAAAAGAAGUACAAAGCAUGGAAACAGUCUCUUAUCCAUGUGGGGAGUGCAAAGAGGUUUUCAGUUCGGAACAUGACCAACAGUUACAUUUGUCUGUUCACAAUAUGAUAGGUCCCACGUGGAAAUGUAAGAAGUGCUCCAAAGAUUUCAGAACUAGAGCAAAGCUUCGGCGGCAUAUACAUCGGCACAUGGAAUCGAAACGGUACAAGUGUUCAGUGUGCGAGAAGACUUUUACUGAACUUUAUUCUUUGCGACGACACAAUCGCGUACAUACUGGUGAAACUGUGGAGAAGAAACAUGUUUGCACAAUAUGCAACAAGAGGUACAGCGUGCGGCACCAGCUGACGGCGCACAUGAGCUCUCACUCCAGCGAGCGGCCGUUCGCGUGCCAGCUCUGCGGGCGAACAUUCCCGUCCGCGCGCCUGCUCGCCUCGCACCGCCUCGUACACUCCGAUCGCAAGCCAUACGCCUGCAGCUACUGCGACCAGAGGUUUCGUCAUGAUUCGACGCGUAACACACACCACCGGACUCACACCGGCGAGAAGCCAUACGUAUGCUCGACUUGCGGUAAAGCCUUCAUACAGAGCUCCAACCUGCGUCUUCAUAUGAGGACACAUACAGGUGAGAGGCCGUAUUCUUGUGACAAGUGCGAUAAAAAGUUUACCUCAGGAUCCUCACUGAAAAUACACGUUCGCACGCACACUGGAGAAAAACCGUACAGCUGCAAACUGUGCGGAAAGAGAUUUGCGCGUAUGGAUCUAAGCGCGCACAUGCGAAAACAUACGGGUGAACGACCGCACACCUGUAGUGUCUGCUCCAAAAAGUUUGUGAACGCAACGCGGCUGAGAGAUCAUUGCCGAAUACACACUGGGGAGAAACCAUUUGAGUGUGCUACUUGCACAUUAACAUUUCCGACAAAAUCACAACUAGUUAAACAUUUGAAAAAACACCAAUCAAAAUUAAAACAGGAGAAAAAGAUGCGACAGUAUUUUAUUAUGCCGCAAAUUGAACCAAUGCAGUAUAUUAUAUCAUCAAAUAUGAAAUCAGAUCUCAAAAUUGAUGCAAGUUCAACUAUUAAUAAUGAAGCAACACAAAACAGUGAUCUACACCAAAACAAUAUACCUUUAGAAGUAGUACAUGAUAUGCCAUUAGAAGUUUCAGAAGAAUUUGUUGUAAAAGAUGAAGAAGUCAUAGUUGUUGAUACUAGUCAAAACCAAGGUGAUGAUAUCUAUUUAAGCACUGAACCUGUCACACAAUGUGCAAAUUUUGAAAACAAUGUUAAAAUAGUGACUGUGAAUGAUAGUGAAGUCAACAUAUUAAACACUAAUUCUCUACUUGAUGGAUCCACUGUUAAACUGUAUCAGCUUGAUCAAACAGCAUCAAUUACAAAUGUAUAGUAGUCUGAAUAACAAACUAUCUUACUUUUAAUGGAUCAAUCGUGAAAUGUUUGUGUAAAAAUAUUAAAAAGCACAUGAAAUUUAUGCAACAGUAUUUAUUACAUUAUUAUUUUACAGAAAAUACUUUGGAACUAUUAAUAAAUUAUUUAUUUAUUUAAUAAAUGCAUUAAUUCUAAAACCAUGAGCUUUUUUGUGUAGCAGCAUACUUCUGAAUGUUAACCAGCAUUGAAUUGUGAAUCUCUUUUGCAUUCCUAUUUUGACCAUAAUAAUCAACAAAUUCACCAUCAGGAUUCACUAAAUAAAUAAUUAUUGUAUGGUCCACAAUAUAGUCAUUGUCAACAUCUUGUGGCCCUGCACUAAAAUAUACUCUAUAUGAUCUGCAAGCAUUCUGAACCUGUUCCUUAGUUCCUGUUAGACCCAGUAACCGUGGAGAAAAUUCUUUACAUUACUUUCCAACAAUUUCCGGAGUAUCUCUUUGAGGAUCUACAGAAAUAAAUAAUGGUUGCAGAGGUGGUGCUGAGGGAGAACUUUCAUGUAAGUUAACAACUUCUGCUAGUUUUUCUAGUUCAUCUGGGCAAAUAUCUGGACAAUGUGUGAAGCCGAAGUAAAUGAGAAGCCACUUCCCCAAAAAGUCUGUACUCUUAACUAGGUUGCCCUGGGGAUCAACUAAUUCAAAUCCGCCACCUAUCUUUGCUUUUCCUAGUUGUCUUUUUCUUUCUCUUUCUAGUGCAUCCUGCUUUUCUUUCCGUACAUAUAACAUAAAGCCUGUAAGUCCACCACCUACCACUGCAGUUAGUGCCACUGAUUUCCAGGUGAUGGGCGCGAACUGCUUACUAGACUUUUUGGGUGGAACAGCACACUGUCUUACAACUGAAGUAGAAAAAGUGCGAAGUAGUAUACUACUCCGAUUUCUGACUAAAAAGUUCAUUUUGACAGAUUUAAUUUAUGUCACUGUUUAACUGUAUUUAUAAUAUCUAAUUCAAUCCUUCAAAAUUACACCGGUUUUCGUCAUAAAAUCGACUGAGCAAUAACUUUAUCAUUGACUGUCAUUUUUUGACGUCGCCGAUCGAAUGAAAGGUCCUGCCAGCUGUCAUCACUCUUUUUUCAAGAUUCUUCCUUUUCAGGGAUGGCAAAGGGAACAAUGCCCAUACA